AUGAAAUUCUACACGAGAACAGGACGAGUGGCCACCAUCAACGCCGACAUUGAAGCUGCUAGAAGAAUAUUCGACGCUUCCGUGAAGGGGCUGCAACUGAUCGCUCCCCCAACCAGCUCCAACAAGAAGCCAAGGGCCGAAGAUAAGCAUCCUCGCGAAGAUCAACAUCAGACGACCGACGUCAGCUCAGUCGACCUUGACGCACGCUUUACAGAAGAAGAGCUGAAGAAAGGCGAAGAGGCGCGACCAAAGGUAGCUCACCCCGUUCGACCUGUCCCGGACGGAGACUUCGAGCUUGUCCCGCUGGGCGACAACCCCGACAAAGCGGUGAAGAUCGGUAAGGGCAUCCCAGACCUACCAAGAAAGCAGCUCGUGGCCUGCCUCCGAGCCAACGCCGACCUGAGAGCACUGAAGGCUCAGGCGCUAGCAGAUUUCGUAGCUGAAAUGACCUCGAUCGCCAACCCCCUGGCCCUCGCUGAGAAUAAGUGGACCAUCUACGUAGAUGGCGCCUCAAGCAGCUCGAGAAGUGGGGCCGGCAUCAUCUUGGAAAACGACGAGGGACUCAUCAUUGAGGUUUCCUUGGUUCUCUCUUUCAACACGUCGAACAACCAGGCCGAGUACGAAGCUCUCCUAGCAGGCCUACGACUCGCAGAGGAUAUAGGCGCUCGGGAGGUUAAGAUUUACACUGACUCCCAACUCGUUGCAUCCCAGAUCAGCGGCGACUACCAAGCCAAGAACAACGUGCUUGCCGAGUACCUCACGCUCGUCAAGGAUAAGAUGAAAAAAUUCGCUAAGGCAGAAGUAGAGCAUAUACCCCGAGAGCACAACUCACGAGCCGGCGUAUUAUCCAAACUCGCGAGCACAAGAAAGAAAGGCGGGAACAAGUCGGUGAUCCAGGAAAUCCUAUCAAGGCCGAGCGUGGACAAGGGCGCGCAACCCCUACCUGUGCUCGCCAUCAGCGACAACAACUGCUGGAUGACCCCGGUGUACAACUUUCUCACAAAAGACGAACUCCCAACCGACGCAAAAGAGGCUUCAGCAAUCAAAAGACGAGCCUGCUCGUACACCAUCGUCGAGAACAAACUAUACCGACGAGGUUUCUCCAUUCCUCUCCUCAAAUGUGUCGAUGCUUCGCAAGCUCUCGAGAUCCUUCAAGAGCUCCACGAGGGAAUCAGCGGACAACAUCUAGGCGGCCGGUCACUCGCGAGAAAGGCCCUCAGGGCCGGGUAUUACUGGCCGACCAUGCAGCAGAACGCCAGGGAACACGUCCAGAAAUGCGACAAAUGCCAACGUCACGCCGACAUGCACUUAGCUCCCCCGAACGAGCUUAAAUCUUCAUCCUCACCUUGGCCCUUCUCCACCUGGGGAAUGGACCUCCUCGGACCCUUCCCAGUCGGUUCAUACCAAAACAAAUACCUGGCGAUUAUAACCGACAACGGCACCCAAUUCACAGACAGAAAGUUCCAAGAGUUUAUGGCCAAACUCGAAACGAAACAACACUUCACUUCGGUCGAACACCCCCAAACGAACGGGCAAGCUGAAGCCGCCAACCGAGUCAUACUCCGAGGACUGAAGAGGAGGUUGGGCGAGGCGAAGAAAGCUUGGGUAGAAGAACUACACAGUGUACUCUGGGCGUACAGGACGACCCCUCAUUCGAGCACAGGCGAAACCCCGUUCAGGUUAACCUACGGCACCGAAGCCAUGAUCCCUGUGGAGAUCCGAGAACCUUCUCGUCGGACCGAGUCACCUCUCGAAGAAGAACUCAACGACGAAGCUAUGAGGGAAGAACUCAACAUGGUCGAGGAAAUCCGAGCAGGAUCUUCCCUCCGAGAGGCAAAGUUGAAACAACAGAUAGCUUUACGCCACAACGCCAAAGUCAUCAAGCGCGACAUCGAACAUAAAUAA